CUGACGAGGAACUCUGGUCUCAUACUUCCUGUGGACCUGACGGUCUCAUGAGACUCUGUCAUCUGCUAACAUGCACCAACAAGAGGCUAACUGGGCUGAGGCCGGCUGUGUCAGAAUCAUGGCCCCCAGAAACACCACCCUCUUCUGUCUUGUGUUCUGUCUUGGCCAGAAGAUUGAGGCACAGGAAGGGCAUUUUCCCAUUCCUACCAUAUCUGCCACACCCGGUUUUGUGAUUCCCUGGAAUGAGUCUGUGAAGAUCUUGUGCUGGGGAACUCCCGAGUCUUACCUGUACCAACUGGAGAUCAUGAGGAACUCUACAUACGAAGUGGUGGAGGAGAAACUGCGGUUUCAGAAGGCGGCUGAGUUCAUCAUCAACCACAUGGACACAAAUACCGCGGGGCGUUAUCGGUGCCGAUAUAAGAAACAGUACAGCUGGUCAGAGUAUAGUGAGGCCCUGGAGCUGGUGGUGACAGGCUUGUAUGACAAACCCUUCCUCUUCGCUGAUGAGGGCCUCGUGGUGAGGCCAGGGGAGAAUAUUUCCCUCCAGUGCAGCUCGGCACACAUGGCAUUUGAUAGAUAUUCACUGAGCAGUGAGGGAGGGGCCGCUCUGUCCCUGCACCAAAAUGGGAGACGCCAGGGUGCUUUCAUUCUGGGUCCUGUGAACCUCAGCUUCUCAGGGAACUACACAUGCUAUGGUUGGUACAGUGGCAGCCCUUAUGUGUGGUCGGCCCCCAGUGAUGCCCUGGAGCUUGUGGUCACAGAUGCCCCCCAUCCUGUACCCUCUGUCACGCAUGAGAAAGGAACACGAAUCAUUAUGGGGGGUGAAGAAGGUGCAGAAGAGAAAAGUUAGGAUUCUGGGUCUACGGAGAUGUCACAAGGAUAGGAUGAGACAUUCGGCGAAUUCGCCACAUGAGGAGGGACUGAAAAGCAAACACAACGCCCCACGACCACCUCCUUUCCUAUCGACAAGUUUCCCCUGGACUGCAGUUCCUCACUCUCGGACCCAGGCUCAAGACGAAGCCGGGGGCUCGCGAACGCAGGCACUCCCUGAGGAGGGGGUCAGAGGGAAGCCACACACGGGGACAACGGCUCCCUUUUCGGGGCUCUUGGGACGGGGUGGAAGGAAACAUGACCAGUGACCAUUCCUCUCCUUCUAACUAGACACCACGAACCAGGGCUCCGCGAUGGAGAAUGCGAUCCGAAUGGGCGUGGCGGGGCUGGUCCUGGUGGUGCUCUUGGCCAUCCUGGCUGAACACUGGCAUGGCCAUCAGACGCCACACACAGACCAGCCCGAUGUGCCUGAACGGAGCUGAGUAACCCGAAAAGUCAGGCAGAACGGACUUGCAGACGGACUCCUAAGAGCCCCAGGUAUACACCAGGCCCUGAGGCAGUGACGUGAUGUCACAACGUGAAAUGUCACAUCCACGCUCCACACCUUAAUAAAAUGUGGUGAGAUUCCACAGCACCCCCUGGCCCAACGUCUAGGCAAUGCAACAGGGAUGGAGCCACACGGAGGCGGGAUAAUUACCUAAAACCCUGAAGGAGAGGCAGCUUUCUCUCUCACUCGUGGAUUCACGGAGGGCUACUGGGGUAACACAAGAGAGAAGGUGGUACUAACAAGCUUGGGCCCCGUUUCUAACCAAUCGAAUGGUAUUUUCUUACGUGGAUAUGGGAUAUCUGCAGCCCACCUGUCUAGACGUUGGUGAUAAAAUCCUCAGGAUAAUCUCGGUUCCUAUGAUAAAAAAUAAUGCAAAGCAUUCUCAGUUCUCCUUGCUGUUUUUCACACUUCCUCUACAGAAGUUCUGGCUCAUAAAUUCACUUUGUCUGGACUUAAUCAGCAAAUGCUGUUUUGUCCUCCUGUAGGACCUGAAUACCUAGAAUUCCAGUAAUUAUGACUAUGAAUAAUUAGAAUACUGUCCACUCAACAUAUCACAUAUUCCAAGAUGUAAGUGCACGCACACUAACACUUGUGUGCUAACACUUGUGUGCUUUUCCCACGGUUACAAAGAUUCUCCCGUUCUUAUGAAAUUCACGUACUUUAAAAUGUCUCAUGCCUCCGAUGCAAGACAGCCAAAGAAGCUUCUCCUUUGGAUUAUCUCAGGACUUUAAGCUACUGAUUCAUCUUUUUGUGGCAUUCAUCAUAAGAAAACAUGAAACACUGGAAAUGUUUAUGGCAGUGAUGAAUAAAUAAAUUGAAAACGGAAA